AAGGGCUUAAUGGGCCUACAAUAAGCCCAAUCUUUUCUUAAAUAAUACUAAUCUAAAGGCCCAAUCGACGGUAAUGUCCUUUAAUUACAAUUAGUAACUGCAAUAGUAACCGUCUGCUUCAGGUAUGAAAAUCAUUACUACAAUGAUCUUUUCAAAGUUUGUCAAUGGCGGGAUCGAUGUCCGCACGCUUUCUCCAUUUCUUCAUUGCAGCAAAACUGGCAGCGGCGGCGUCGGUGGUCGAUGAUCUGAACAACCUGAAGCCCCCGCCGGAGUUCAACUCCACGGUGGCCAACAACUGCCGGAGAAACCCUUCUCUGAGAUACUGCGGCGCCACGCCUAAUUUCGAUGUCCAAGAAAUAUUCAAAUUCUCGAUAGUGGCCAGCCAUUUGUGCAACGUUUCCAGAAACCCUAAUUGCGUGGAAGAUUUCCCCAAAAUAGAUCUCCAAAGCGAGCCCAAAUUAGCGCCACUGUACCUGUCGUUCGCCUUCUUCUGGAAAUACUGUCCCUUAACUGUAUUAUCAAUCGAUCUCUCUAACUGUUCGCUGGCCGGAGAAUUCCCGACGGAAAUCUUUUACUGUUCGCAAAUCAAGGAUCUUGAUUUGAGCUUCAAUCGUCUUUCCGGCGACGUGCCUGUCAGGAAUUUUUCUUCCCUGAAAAACCUGACGUUUCUGAACCUGUCUUACAAUGGAUUCUCCGAAUGUAAAAUCUCGGAAGUUCGAUUCUUGGAGCGGUUCAAUUCUUCGAGUUUUAUUAAUUCUGGUAUUAUUCCUGAUCGUGGGAAGUUCAGGAUCAAGGCUUUGGCCGUGGGGUUUGGGGUUGCGGUUUUGGUUGUCGCAAUUGUGGGGAUCUUGUGUUGUUCUGGACGAGGUUGUUCUACCAGCGAGUAUGAAUUUAGGCCGUCGGUUUUGGAUGCAGCGACGGAGGGAUUUUCGAGGAGAAAUCUGGUGGGGAAAACAGGGAGGAGGAGUGUGUACAAAGGAGUGAUGAGAGAUGGAAAGCAGGUGAGGAUCGAGGUUUGUUUGGGGGACGAAAUGACGAAAAGCAAGCGUGAGAGAUUGGUGGAAGAGGCGAAGAUUCUUGUCCAGUUAAAGCACAGGAACAUCGUACCUGUAAUAGGAUGGUGCGACAGCAGCAGAUUGAUGGCGAUUGUGAGCGAAUGGAGGGGGAAACUCGACGUCGAGACAUGGCUUGGAACCAGAGAUCCUCCAUGGAGACAAAGAUUGCGAAUUAUCUCCGGCGUCGGCUCCGGCGUCUGUUACCUGCAUCGGGAGUGGCCGCAGUUGGGGUUUGACCUGAGAACGAGACACGUGGUCUUGUCUGAAGAGGAGGAGGGGGGAGUGAGAGAGCCUCUUAUUACAUGGCUGAGAUUGAAUCUGAAUCUGAAUCAGAAUCAGAAUCAGAAUCAUCAUCGUCAUCGUCGUCGUCAUGGGUGCAGCUGGAAAAGUGAUAAGCACAAACUGGGGGUGUUUCUGCUGGAGAUGGUGACGAACAGGAGGCCGACGGAAGAGUUGGAGAAUAAUAAAGAUGGUGGGUCGGUGGGGUUUGUGGAGUGGGUGAGAUCGCAUUGCCCUGGAAAGCUGGAGCUGGUGAUCGACCGGAGAAUGGGAUUGAAGAAGAUGGAUGAUGUUUGUGACGCUGUGGGGGUUAUCCAAUUGGGGCUCAUGUGUAUGGAGCCGUCCACCAGGCGACAACCGACCUGGGAUCAAAUUCAUCAUAUGUUGUCGGAGAUGGAUUGCCGCCGCUAAAUAUAAAUAUUCCUGUGAUUAUCACGUACGGUGAAGUAAUUUGAAUUAAUUAAUUAAUUAGUAUGUACUACU